GUCUGUUACGUAACAAAGUCAGACAGGUCACAAAAACAAGCAUACUAAGUUCGAAUGUUGUUGCAUUCUAUUAACUACCGGUAUAUCAUUUCCAACAAGGAAUGGGAAAGAAAACGGUCAAUCAUGGAACAUUAUAAUUCUCCAAGUUGUCGUACACUACAGAGUUUUGAACAUCUACCGUAUAAAGCCUUUAAAAAGAAGGGGGUUAUAUAGUAUUAAAAAAAGUAGGUGGUUGUAUAUAGUACGAUAAUGGAUUAUAGCACUAUAUAUACAAUCCCUUGUGUAAACCUUCCUUGUUGAUAGAUCGAUCAAUCGGAUUAGUUCUGUAAAUGCUAUAAAUAGAUUUAGCCGUGCUGUUGCAUGCAUACAUGUUCAACAGAGCGACUGCCCGGCGUUCCCAAUAACUGAGGUACCUGCAACCAAACUUUGGCCAGCUUUCGCAAACUUCGCUCUGCUGAAGACGCCUCUGAUAAAAUUGCUAUGAGCAAGGAGAAGGCGCCACCAAGCUUUGCAAAAAGGAAAAAAGUGAGCACGUCAGAUAUUGAUGACGUCACACCAGAGCGGACGUUCUCAUUGAUGAGCUACAAUGUUUUGGCUGACUGCCAUAUACAGCCAACGACGUACCCCUAUAGAGACCCCGCCCAUCUACACAUCGAUACUCGCCAUAAAAGUCUGCUAGAAGAACUUCGGUAUUCCAAUUGUGACGUAAUAUGUUUACAGGAAGUAGGACCCGGAUACUAUCAAGAUACACUAAAUCCGGAAAUGCAAAAAUUGGGGUAUGAUGGAGUCUAUUCCAAAAGAACAUUUGACAAGAAUGACGAAGGAUGUGCCACAUUUUACAACACGUCUAAGUUUACUCUUAAGGAUAAUGUUGCUUUCAGACUUGGAGAAAUUGCGUUUAAGCUUUUAUCGGACGACCAAGAGGAAACAAACCACUUCUCUCGUUAUAUCGACCGAUGUGAUGUCGCCUUACUCAGUUUGCUUGAACAUGUGACUUCCGGUAGAACCGUUGUCGUCUGCAACACGCACCUCGUGUGGGAAAGUGCUCACAUUUCGGAUGUGCGCUGUAUUCAGGCAUUUUGUUGCUUGGUAGCCAUACGAGAAUUUCAACGAAAACACACAGGCAGUAACAUAACAAUUCUGUGUGGAGAUUUCAACACAGAACCAUGUGAGGCAGCAUACGAACUCAUUGUGAGCGGUGACAUUGUGGACGAAAACAAGAAGAAAAUUCAAGCAGAAAACCAUAUCAAGAUGGCCACCCUCCAGAAACUUUUAAAUGGAUUGGAAGGCGAUGAUCUAAUUUUCAAGAGUGCAUAUAAGACAAUAUUGGGAGAUGAACCUAGGAUAACCAAUCUGGACGCAGAUUUCUGUUGUUGUUUGGACUACAUAUUUUAUAAGGGUCCACCGGAUAGCUCUCAGAGACACGGUUUCGGCGUCAUUUCAGUUUUGGACUUUCUUUCAGAAGAAGAAAUGAGAUUAAAUUUGCCACCGAGCGAAGUCUUUCCUUCCGACCAUUUGCCAUUAAUAGCUACGUUUUCAAUAUGAAUAAAACAAAUCCAUUUAGUUUGGGUUUUUUUA